AUCUGACACAUCUCUAUUACAAAGUUCAAUCAAAAUUGUUUCUAAAUGUCAAAAAUAUAAACAACAGUUCGCAGUAACAAAAGAGACAUAACAACCAGAGUUAAAAAAUGCGUGCUUCUAUUGUUCGUUUGACUAAAGUGUCUCCAAAAUUAAAGGAGCUACGUAUACAUCUUUGUCAAUCGGGUGAAGCUUCAAAAGGAGCAAGGGAAUACGUGGAGAAAUUUUAUCCAAAUCUUAAGAAGAACAACCCAGAAUUGCCCAUUUUAAUUCGAGAAUGUUCAGGGAUUCAGCCGCGACUAUGGGCACGAUAUGUUCUAGGUAAAGAAACUUCCGUUCCUUUGACAAAUCAAUCGGCACCAGAAAUUCAAAAGCAAGUUGAAGCUGUAGCAAAAGCGUAAAUUUAUAUAUUUUUGACUACAAGCCAAAAUUGUUAACAUAUGUUUAUCUAAAUAAUAAAAUAUAAUAAAGAAACAUCAACCAUA